AUGAACACUAGUGCUUCGUUCGAGGUUAUCUUUGAUGAAAAGCGACCGGAAGCGAACCACUUUCGGCCGAUGGUCUGCGUCAGUCCUUCGCCGAAAGUCUUUGCGGAGUCAGAUAUUUCCAUGCGGCUAGAGAGUGCUGAUAAGCGUCGCAUGAAUGUUCUUACGGAAACAAAAUUAAAGAAUGAACAACACGUACAGCAUGUCAAAGCAAAGCGUGAAAAAGGCAAAGAAAUGCUUUUAAAUCGUUCAACUGAAAUUCUGGGGAGUUUGGAGGAAGACCUGGCCACCAAAACGUUAAGGAGACAGCAACGUUUGGAAGAAAAGAUAAGCUCUGCCAAGUUACAGGUAGACCAAGUCAUGGAGGUUCGAACCCAGUCUGAAGCAAUGCUACGCGAAAGCCUUUCGAAGCAAAUAGCGCAAGAUAUGGCCAAUAAAGAAAACCGACGGCGCUCAAUUUUGGAAAACAUCAAACAACAAUGCCAGCAGACGGUAAGCCUCUUCGUUGAUUUCAAAGUUUUGCAGUUGAAUAUUGCUGCCUGUUUGUGA